AUGGAGAGAAAGCAGGGUUUCUUUUCAGUAGUUAGAGGACUAUCACCGGGGAGGUCACGAGCGACGAGUCCGGCGAGGAGUGCAUCACCAAUGUCUAGUUUGUUACGGAGGAGAAAAGGACAUGGACAGCACGUGGCGAAGCCAGAGCCGUUGAUUAUUCCGAGAUCGGGGAGCUUGAGGCCAGCAGAGGCUUUAUCACCCUUGAAAGAGGGGCCGGAUCAAGAUGACGGUGGAGAUUCACGGAUGGAAGGGAGGUGGGGACAAUGGAUGAAAGGACAGCUGUCAAGAGGAGGACCUUCUUCAGUUGUGUCUUCUUCAUCAAAUGCGUGUAAUAGUAGCAAUAAACGGUCCGAUCUGAGGUUAUUGCUUGGUGUCUUGGGGGCGCCGCUUGCUCCGGUGCACGUUAGCCCUGCGGAGCCUUUACCUCACCUUAGUAUAAAAGAUACUCCCAUUGAAACUUCAUCUGCUCAGUACAUAUUACAGCAGUAUGCAGCCGCAUCGGGAGGGCAAAGGCUUCAGAAUUCCAUUCACAAUGCUUACGCUAUGGGAAAGGUGAGGAUGAUAGCUUCUGAGUUUGAGACGGCUAACAAGGUCACUAGGAAUAGGAAUUCUUCCAAAGCUGCAGAGUCUGGUGGGUUUGUCUUGUGGCAAAUGAAUCCAGACAUGUGGUAUGUUGAGCUUGCGCUUGGUGGAAGCAAGGUUCAUGCUGGCUGCAAUGGGAAGCUUGUGUGGAGGCACACACCUUGGCUUGGUGCACAUGCUGCUAAAGGUCCAGUCAGACCAUUGCGCCGUGCACUUCAGGGCCUUGAUCCGAGAACAACUGCCAGCAUGUUUACUAAUGCAAGAUGCAUUGGGGAGAAGAAGAUUAAUGGUGAUGAUUGCUUUAUCCUCAAGAUAUGUGCAGACCCUGCAACUCUUAAGGCUAGGAGUGAAGGGCCAGCAGAGAUCAUAAGGCAUGUUUUGUUUGGCUACUUCAGCCAGAAAACAGGACUCCUUGUUCACUUAGAAGACUCUCAUUUGACCCGCAUCCAAAACAAUGGAGGUGAUGCUGUUUACUGGGAGACCACAAUCAAUUCUUUCCUUGAUGAUUACAAGCCAGUGGAUGGGAUUAUGAUUGCUCAUUCCGGGCGUUCGGUAGUAACACUUUUCAGGUUUGGAGAUACAGCAAUGAGCCACACCAGGACCCGAAUGGAAGAAGCAUGGGCAAUUGAAGAAGUGGCAUUCAAUGUACCUGGCCUGUCCAUGGACUGUUUUAUUCCUCCUGCUGAAUUAAGAUUUGCGUCUAUCAGUGAAACCUGCGAGCUGCCUCACAGUCAGAGGGUAAAACCUGCCGUGACCGCUUCAGCCUAUCGUGCCAAAGUUGCUGCAUUAGAGACAUCUCAUGAAAAUGUUAACAAUAUGAUGUGGAAAGCAGAUGCUUAG